AUGCAAACACCUGACUUAAAGAAAAAAAAACCAUAAGUUGCAAAGAUUAGUCUUUAAUCAGAAUAAGCCUAACCUGUUUUAAAUCUGUAUAUAAUUUUGAAUUGAAAUUAGUUCUGAGAAUGGAUCUCUCAUUCUAAAAGAAUUUCGUCUAAAUGGUUAAGGACUCAAAGUUACUCAUACACAUGAUUAAUGGGAUUUUUCACUCUCUGAAUCAACUCAUAAUUUAUCACUUGAAAAUUUAGUAACAGUUGGACAAUUAGGUUAAGGUGCAUCAGGUCAAGUAGAGAAAGUAUAAGAUUAGGUGACAGGAUAAUAUUUUGCAAUGAAAGUAUCCAUAAUUAGUAUAUAGAAAAUUCCUGUUGCUUCAGAUCCACAAUAUUUGAAGCAACUCUCAGAUGAAUUAAAAUUAGCUUUAGAAUGUAGUUCACCAUAUGUUGUAAAAUGCUAUGGGGCAUUUUAUAAAUCUGGAACAUUGCACAUCAUUUUAGAGUAUAUGGAUGUUGGAUCUAUAGACACUUUGAUAAAAAAAGUGAAAAAUCUAAAUGAACCUGUUAUGGCCUUGUUAUUAUAUCAGAUUCUUUUAGGGAUUGAUUAUUUGCAUAAUAAAAAGAAAAUUAUUCAUAGAGACAUUAAACCAUAAAACAUAUUAGUAAAUAAGAAAGGUGAAAUUAAGAUUACAGAUUUUGGUAUAUCAGGUACUAUAGAAACAAUGCAAUAAAGAAAAACUUAUGUUGGAACUGCAGUUUAUAUGUCUGUAUGUAUUAAUUAUUAACAUAGCCUGAAAGAUUGAAUGGAGAAAUGUAUGGCAAAGAUUCUGAUAUAUGGUCUAUUGGUAUUUUAACAACAGAAAGUUUAAUGGGAAAACAUCCAAUUUAGAAAACCUAAUUUAUAGAUAUGGUUAAUGAAAUAAGUACAUUUAAUAUUGAAAAUGUUCAAGCAAAGAUUUCAGCUGAGAUGAAAAAUUUUAUAUCAAUGUGGUAAUCAAUUUUAUUAAAUUAUAGUGUAAAAUUGAAACCUGAAGAGAGAGCAACAGUAGAUCAAUUAUUAAACCAUAAAAUCAUUUUAAGAACAAAAAAGAUUGAUAAAAUGGUUUUCUUAUAAUGGUUGAAUUAAGUGACAUAAUUAUGA